AUGCAGCGACCAGUACAUUUAAUUUUUAAUAUGCUAUUAUUCUGUGUGCAACAUGUGUUUGUAUCUCCAAAUGUCACAUCAGUUUUUCAAUUCACUGAAGAAGCACGAGCUGCUCUUUGUCCGUUUGUUGGUACUACAGGAAUGAGAUGCUUUGAUGGCAGUUCUACACGUACUUCUGGUCGAAACUUUGAGUCGGACUUUAUGAAAUUACCACGUGGUGUCGGUAUUAGUGUUGAUAGAAGUACUGGUCGACUCAUGGCUCCAGCAGUACAAUUAACAUAUCCACCUAUAGGGAGUCGUACUUGGACUGAUGGUCAUACAAGUGCAAUUUUCGAUUUAUUUAAUGAGGCCACAUUGGGACCAGCUAACCGAGUAGCAGCCGCUUACGAUACUGCUCGUGUUCAUAUUUUUCACAAUGCUUCACAAUUGAAUGCAGCAUGGCGAUAA